GUAUAUGUAUUAAAUAAAAUAAGAAAUGCAAUAGGAAUUAGAAUAGAAAUUCUAAUCGGCUCUAACUAAUGGCUUAAGUAGGACAUCCCGUUCCAAGUUCUAUGAUUGCUACUCUUCUCUCACUUCUUUAUUCAUCAAAUAAAGAUCUUAUAAAGAGGGUAAAAUUGUCCCCAGUUACACCAUGUAAGUAACACAACAUCUGCCUAUAAGUACCUGGCCUGGAUCAGGCCAUUUACUGCUAAAACAACUACAAGAAAAUAUGGGAGCAAUGAAGCAGAAAGGCCCAAAUGUUGAAAAGAAACAGGGUGGCAUUGUUACUAUGCCCUUCAUCUUUGCAAAUGAGAUAUGUGAGAAGUUGGCUGUGGUUGGGUUCAGCACAAACAUGAUCAGCUACUUAACUACGCAGCUACACCUGCCACUCACUAAGGCUGCCAAUACUCUCACAAACUAUGGAGGAACCGCAGCCAUGACACCGUUGCUUGGUGCGUUCGUCUCAGAUGCCUUUGCCGGGAGGUUUUGGACCAUAACAAUUGCUUCAAUUAUAUACCAAAUAGGCAUGAUCAGUUUGACAACAUCAGCAGUACUGCCCAGUUUAAGGCCUCCCCCUUGUAAAAACAACCAAUUUUGCGAAGAAGCUGACUCAGGCCAACUAGCUGUUCUCUAUGUCUCACUCUUGCUGACAGCCUUAGGCUCCGGUGGGAUUAGACCAUGUGUUGUUUCAUUCGGGGCUGAUCAAUUCGAUGAGAAUGACCCCAAGCAGAAGACUUCAACUUGGAAGUUCUUCAAUUGGUAUUAUUUCUGCAUGGGAGCAUCUAUUCUGGUUGCCAACACAGUCAUCGUUUAUAUUCAAGACAACGUCGGAUGGGGUUGGGGACUCGGCGUUCCAACCAUUGCUAUGGCUCUGUCAAUCAUUGCUUUCAUAUUCGGAUACCCUUUGUAUCGGAAAAUGGAUCCCGCUGGCAGCCCAUUUACGCGACUGAUGCAGGUCUGUGUGGCAGCGUAUAAGAAGAGGAAGGUAGCUAUGGUUUCUGAUCCUAAAAUAUUGUAUGAGAAUGAGGAUCUUGAUGCUGCUAUUUCUGUCGGUGGGAAGCUUGUCCACACAAAAAGCAUGAAGUUCCUGGACAAGGCCGCCAUAGUGACAGAGGAAGACAACCCCAAGGCCCCCGACCCCUGGAAACUCACCACAGUCCACCGAGUCGAAGAACUGAAAUCCAUCAUCCGAAUGGGCCCAAUAUGGGCCGCCGGCAUCCUCCUCAUCACCGCCUACGCCCAACAAAACACCUUCUCCCUACAGCAGGCCAAAUCCAUGGAAAGACAUCUCACCAAACACUUCCAAAUCCCAGCAGCAUCAAUGAGUGUCUUCACCCAGGCAUCAAUGCUGGCCACCAUAGUAUUCUACGACCGCAUCUUCGUCCCGUUAAUGCGAAAAUUCACAGGCCUGGAGCGAGGCAUUUCCUUCCUAACACGAAUGGCCAUAGGCCUUUUCAUAUCUUUACUAGCAACACUCGCAGCCGGUUUCGUCGAAGUGAAGCGCAAGAAUGCUGCUUUGGAUCAUGGCCUGAUAGACAAGCCGCAAGAUAUCAUUCCCAUUUCAGUUUUCUGGCUAAUGCCACAGUAUUGUCUCCACGGGAUGGCAGAAGCAUAUAUGUCUAUCGGGCACCUCGAGUUUUUCUAUGAUCAGGCGCCGGAGAGCAUGAGGAGCACCGCGCCAGCUUUAUUCUGGCUUUCGAUAUCGGCGGGGAGUUAUACAAGCACCCUUUUGGUUACUCUGGUACACAAGUACAGCGCAGGGGCUGAUGGAUCGAAUUGGUUGCCGGAUGACAAUCUGAAUAAAGGGAAAUUGGAGUAUUUGUAUUGGUUGAUCACGUUGUUGCAGUUCUUUAACCUGAUUUAUUACCUAGUUUGUGCGAAAUUCUAUACGCUGAAGCCAAUUCAGGCCCGCAAAUUGGGAGAUGACAAGGAAAAAGAAGACGGGGUUGAGCUGACAAGCCAUGUUUAGGGUCCGUGAUUUUGUGGGUUUUUAGGUAGGGGCAAGAAAUUUAGUUAGAAGGGAAAGUCCUAGAAUGGAUCUUAUCUAUGUAUAUUAUCUGAAAAGAAAGUCCAUUUUCUUUGAAUUUGGACAAUUUCUGAUUACUUUGUCAAUCUUGUUAGGGUCA